AUGUCGUCAACCAACUCUACAAUAACGAUUCUGGAUCUCAGCUUUUUAAAAAUGGGAUGUAUUAGAAUCUAAUCCUAGGGUUUGAACAGUGAUCUUGUAUAACUUAAAAGUGUGUUUUAGUUAUUUCAUUCAUCAUUGCAGUUGCUUUCUUGCAGUUGAGUUACUCUGAAGUCUUUGGCGAGACUGGUGCCAUUGAAAACCUGAAUCAGGGAAGGAAGUGGUAUUGUACAGUAGGUAUGUGUGAUAUUUCUUUUACUUGAAAAGUAUUUGUGGCAUAAAUUCUUAGAUGUUAAAAUUUACCGCAGUUUCUUCCCUAUGGUGCUGUUUUGAAUAUUCUGUGUGCGAUUAGGCAUAAAGGGAUUAAUGUGGGCCUGACCGGGGUGAAUGCUAAGUGAAUUCAUGACAUCUUCGAGAACGUAGCAUUUGAAAUUUACAGCUAGCUGAGUUUAGCACUUAGACAUUGUUUACAGUGAUGCGAUGUCAGACUUCGUAAUCUGUGACGGAUAGGAUAGUUUAUAUAUCCUGAAUGUUUUUCAGGCUUUAUUUUUGCAACUGCUUAAGUUGCGUUCCCAACUGCCCUGAUCUUACUGCGCUUUUCACAAACAUGCGAACUCUAAAGUUCAAAAGCCGCCUUCACAAUUGCGUUUUUCGCUGCCGUCAAUCAUAAUUACCAUCACAAACAGCGAACCUGGAAACACAGGGCGCUUUCCAUUUAGUCAAAAUUUCCGGAAUUUCCCGUUCGGCGGUAAAUGGAACACGUUUCGUCGGUUCGUCCCACUGGAAAAUUCCCAGAAAAAGUGGAAAAUCUAAAAAGGUGGUCCCGUUUUCCCGGUUGCAAUUUCCGAACGAAAUGUCGUGUUCCAUUGACGUUUCUUGUAGUUUGUACCAGUUCCAGGUCCACGGUCGAGCACCCGGCCACGUACCGGGGUUUACGACCAAAUGGAACAACUUUUUACCAAUCGGAAAUUCCACUUUUGCUACCACCGAAAUUUCCAGGUUUUUUUCGUAAAUGGAAAGCGCCCACAGAAACACACAAAACGGAUCGAAAUCCACCAAUCACAAAUCACAAACCUCGACCUUUUGAACCCGUUAAAGUAAAGUUUUGUUUCCUAAGAGGUCCGUUAAGAUGAUUGACGGCAGCGAAAAACGCAAUCGUCAGUUGGCUUUUGAACUUCAGAAUUCGCAUGUUUGUGAAAAGCGCAGUAACCUGAGAUCAGGCUCUAUAUUCGUUUCGCUUUGAAAAUUACAUUCCGGCGGGCAUGGCGAAACAAAAAGAGAGCCUGAUACAAACCUUCAACGAAACAUCUGCCGCCCACUUUUUUGAUUGAUUGACAUUUGCCGAAUCAGCCAACCAAAAUUACUUCCGUUGCUUGUUUUUCUAGUCCGCAAAUUUUUCAUGCGUGGGAAAAAUACAGACUGGCUGACUUAAAAAAUAGCUCCUAUCUGUUAAUUUUUUCAGCUAAAAAUAAAACAGUCAGCACAAUCACAUUUAACUUCUUGCGAGAUUAAGGGAGAUCUCCAAGGUUAUUUGUUUUGGCGUAGAAGGUAAAACGUUUUCGAAAAGACGGCGACACGAUGUUCUAUUUGGCUAGGCGCGCUCGAAUUUUAAAUACUGAAAUUGCUAUUUUUCUGUUGCCUUAAUAUUUUCCUCGGCAAUUUCCCCCGAUUUUCAGUACAUAAAUCUUUAAAAACAAAAGCAAACAGCAAACGAGCGAGGACAACGGUUUUCCUGGUUUGUUUUUUACAAAAAGCGAAGACAAACAACCAGUCUGUUACCGGGUGUCUAGAAAACGACGACCUAAAAAACGACGACCUAGAAAACGAUGACCUAGACAACGACGACCUAAAAAAAAAACCCGCGGGGAAAGGAGGGGGGGCUUAAUAGAAGUGUGCGAAAUGCCCCAUUCCCGGACAAAACCAAAAUAGCAUAUUCAUAGCAAAUCUCAGUGUAAUCUUAUCAAACGUGCCAAACACCCACGCAAAUCACUCCUAGCCGCUAGUUAUCAGUAAUGCUAAGGUCAAUAGGACAUCGUAGUACGUGCGGACGAUUCUCUCAGAACCGAAAUUUCUUGGAUGCAUUUUGGGCGCUUUCCAUUCACCCAAAACUUAAGAAACUUUGGGAACAGCGACCCUUGAUACAGUAUUUUCCCGGAAAAGUUCCCAAACUUUUCCAAAAUGCGAACCAUUCAACCAGAAAUUUUAGACAUUCGGGAGCAAAGUUGAAUGUGGAAAGAAAACUUCCCUAUGAUAAUUUUCGGAAAGUUUGGUAUAUAUUGCGAAAAUGCUGUUCCAUUCGGUACUGCAUGGAAGUUGCCGAAAAUUUAAACCAGACGUUUUGAUUGAAUGGCACGGCACCCAUUCAAAGGUGACCAAAUUCGUUACUAAUUGUGCUCCCUUUGCGCGCGCGCGUCAGAGCUCCACUAAAAAAAUUUCUCAAGUCAAAUAUUCCUUUGGUAUGGUCAAUGAAGUCAUGAUUCAACCUGACUGACUACUGGAAGCAAAAGCUUUGCUUUGACCUAUUUAUUAUCCUGAUAUCAAUUUAAACAAAUUUCUAUCAAAUCUAAGUGACCUAAAUAAUAUACACUGCCUCACUGGCGCGUCGUUUAUAGCGGAAAGUUCAAGCCCAUAUAAAUCAAACAGGAAAUAAAUCAGGCGUGCCGUUUUUGUCCACAUCUCAAUACCGUAAACAAACAGUUUAUAUUUUGAAAAUAAAGAAAGAGGGGCUUCAACAUUUUCUCGUACCUUUCCAUACAUGAAACGGCAGUAUACCGGUAACGAGAAUUGUGAAAUAUUAUUUAGUACACAAUGAAGGUUGACAUGUCAUAAGAUUUGAACUGUAUUUGAACUGUAAGAUUUGAAUCGUAUCAGCCUAGGAGUUUCUGUUUCCUCACAGGUCCAAUAGCGUGGUAUAUAUGUAGUGAGAUCUCAGGUAGAACUUUUGAAUUGUUACUGGGCUGCCCGGCAAGCCCAGUCAUAAAUUCGGUUUUCGGUCGUCUGUGCAGAAAAACGGCCUCCCGGGGGAGGGAAGACACGAGGGUCUGGUACCGAGAAACGAUGUUCUCACAAAUGGUUUCAUAUGAUUUUCUCUUGCACGGACUCUUGCACGAAUACUUUUUGUACCUCGUCUCCGCCCCCCCUGGGAAACCCAGAAGGCGUUGUGAACCUGAAGAAGGCUAUUUGCGUUGUUCGAAGCGAUUCGAUCAUAGGAGUCACUUUAUAAGUUUUGUCAUUGUUCGAGUUUAAGUCAGUUGAUGAUGUUGGUGCUGGGAAACUCAGAGAAAUGCUCACGCUGCAUACAAACCCACACGCCGUCCACGGUAGUUUCACACCAAAAGAUGACUGUGAGCGUCAGGUUUGGAACGCCGGGGCAGUUUCGUGAACUCAAAGAGAUAAUUAUCGAUCAAUGUAGUACAUGAACAAUUAAUAAGCACAAUUGAUAAGCAAAGUAUUUCACCAGUUGACGACACUGUGGUUAAAGACUUGACUGUAAGCUGUCGUACUCACUGAAGCGAACAACUCAGUUGCCGACGAAUGUCAGAUGAAUCCUGAUGUUAAGAAAUGAACGUCCAUGAGCGAGGGACGUGACAACUUUGCCAUAUUAAAAGACUGGCUUUUCCUUUCAAUAUUUCCUUUUAUUUUUAUGCAACACACGCCACUUUGGAGGUCUAUAUUUCGUAUACUGGGGAUAAAGAAGACACGGACAAAAAUAGGAACUUUGAGAAUUUCGUACACAAGUUCAAAGCUUCACCCGGGACAUCCCACCGGGAGCUUCACAAAGACCAACUUGAGGAAAAUGGGGGAUAUUACUGACAAGGUUUGGUGACUGAGUAGAGCAUACAAGUGUAGCCCAGGUCGAGGUUUCAAGGGGUUUGCUUUUGUUUGUAUCUGUAUCUUGCUUAGCUUUUAUCUUUAAAUUUGUACAUGAUCUUCUUAUCACAAUUCAGUGUUUUCACCCAUUCAGCAAGCACGCUAUAUCGAUGUCAGCUAGCAUUAGCGAGUUUCAGAAAACAUGCCUUCGAAAAUUUUCAGCUCUCGUGAUGUUUCUUGAUAUUUCUUGUACCAUUUUAUGGAGAUGUAAUCUGAAGUCACCGCAAAAUGGAAACUUAAAAAAGCGUGUAAUCCAUUUCUCUCGAAACAUAAUACACAUGACUUAUACGACCUUUAUUUUCCUAAUGGUGUUUUGAAUACGAACGAACACAGUCAAUGUGAGGGGCAAGAACAGCAUUAAUAUGAAUGAACCAUAGGGUUUUAAUUAAUAUAAGGGUCAAUUAUUGUGCGUUCAGAUGAAUCUCUUGAAAAGAGAGACUUCGCUUGAAGAUGUGAUCAGAAGUAAACAAAGGACAAUAGUGUGUUACGUUCAGUCUUUUUAAUAUCCAAGGACUUUGAAUAGUGUUUCCAUAUUGUUUAGCUGGCACAAAAACUUUGGAGGAGUUAUAAAGCGGCAUAGUUAUCUUUCAUGAAGAAAAGUUAGUCAUGGGUAAGACGCAAACAGUGAACUGGAGUGAAUUUUUAACUCAUAUCGGUAUUAGGUAAAAAUAUGUUAUCGAUCUCGAUCGAUCGUUUCAUCUAUUUACAUUGUUUGAAGUGCGUGCUGAUAAAAGCAAGGGCGUAUGGAAAAGCCGGAAUCCGGAAUCCGAAACCGGAGCCGGAAAGGGAAACGGAACCGGAACCGGAACCGGAACUUAAAUUGAGAUCAGGGUAAACUGGGAAGCACUGAAACCAGUUCCCGAUACCCGUGUGGGAAUAAAAUUCAAGAUGGCGUCCUGUGUUAUCAUUGUUUUGCGAAAUUUUCAGCACAGUGAUCGUGAUACCAAAGGUAUACUCACAUUCGGAAAGUGACUUGCAAGAAAAAAAAGUAAGUGCAUCCUAAUGUUAUUCCUAGCAGUCAUAAACUGUGACUGCAGCUGUAGGUCGAGCAAUUUUCGACAGAUCGAGACUACAACUAAUCAGAAGCCGGUUGACUGCGAAAAACAGCCAUUAUUAGUAUGUGAUGUUUAAGACUGCUGUGUUAUUCAUUUCCUUCUCUUGAGCCUAAGUUACUCAUUUCUUAAAAGGGCUCCGUGUUUCAUCGAUUGUGAGGAAAAGGCGGCAAAGGGAGGAGGAGUACUCAUGCAGGGUUGUCAUUAAGAGCCGGGGGCCGGGGAUUUUCCCCGGCUACUAAGAGAGUGGCCCCCGGCUACUUUUAUUGGAAAACAGAAGAAAAAUAGAACCAAAAGAAAUCCCUAGCCGUUUGAUUACCCGCCUACUUGUUGUGUUUACCCGGCAACUUGAAAUCUUAGUGACAACCCUGCUCAUGUCAAUCAUGAUCCCAAGUUGCAACGCUCACGCGUAUAUGAAAUUCUCGAAAAAAAAUUUUGCGCCAUACGCAAAAAGUGCGACAGUAAAAAAAAAUAAUAACAGUAAAUAAAUAUAAUGUGGGGAUGAUAAGUCUUGAUCGAGCAAUAAAUAUUAGUGACACUCUUAAGACAGAAACGUCCCCAAGUUUUAUUUCUUAGGUUCGGGUUCGGGUUCGGGUUCCGGUUCCGGUUCCGUUUCCGUUUCCGUUUCCGGCUCCGGUUCCGGAUUCCGGAUUCCGGCUUUUCCAUACGCCCUACAAGCAACAUGCGAGCGAGAAAUCAUUAAACUUUUUUAGGUCACAAAAUACAAAGGAUUUUAUUCCUUUUAGUUAGAGAAAAAUACCAAAAGGAAAGUCUUAAAACUGAAUACUUUUUAUCUUGUGGAAAAAAAUGGUGCGUUUUCAUGUAGUGUAGACCGCAAAUUAGAAUCGUCUAUGACUAUUUACUGCAGGUUUCACAAACAUGCGAAUUCUAAAGUUCAAAAGCCAAUCGACGAUUGCGUUUUUCGCUGCUGUCAAUCAUCUUAACGGUUCUCAGGAAACUCAACUUUACUUCACGGGUUCAAAAGGUCAUGGUUUGGGAUUUGUCAUUUGUGAGUGGUGGAUUUCGAUCCGUUUUGUGUGUUUCUCUGUUUCAAGGUUCGUUGCUUGUGAUCGUAAUUAUGAUUGACGGCAGCGAAAAACGCAAUUGUGAAAGUGCCUUUUGAACUUUAGAGUUCGCAUGUUUGUGAAAAGCACAGUAAAGUCUCAAUGCAGUCUGUGAGGCCCCUGGAUCAGGUGGGAUCAAUGGACAGUUGGCUGUCUGUUUUAGUAAACUUCUGGUUUUCAUACAAUACAAUAUUUCUGUCUAGUGUAAAUCAGCUCAGUCUUUCGCCUUUUACACUCGUAGAACGACAAUAAUUUUUGGAAUUUCCGGUUACGUCAAAUUAGUCACGUUAUACUGUCACGCUAUAUUUUGGGGCACAGAGGGAUUGGGGGAGGGGUGCGUGAAAAUAAUGGAAAUCUUUUCCUGCUUUGAAUUAAUGGCUAACUUGUUUACUUUUAUUCAUAAUGGUGGAAUUUAAAAGUUAUUAUACAGCCCCCACUUAAAAAUGGUACUUUUUUUUUUUGUUACAAAAGUCUUUCAAAAGGGUACAAUGUUCUGAAUGAGUUUCAGUCUCACAUGAGAUUCUGUCUCACCCAAUAGUCGGCGACAAGGUUUUAUGGUCGCCUGAGUGUCAGUGAUAGCCGCCCCCUUCCCUCAGAAAAAAUAGCCCCUUUACAGCCCAGUUAAAAAUCGCCUUUCGGCGAUUCUUGUUCACAAAUAAAUUAUUACAUCAUGUGAAAUAGAGACAACGCCGCAGAGCUGAGCAGAAUUAAAAAUUUCACUUCAGUUCAUCUUUAAUUCUUCCAUCACUUUCACGCAAUGCACAAUGCAAUGUCCAAGACAAAACAAUAGCUCCUGCGACCACACUAGGCACCCUUAACUGCUGUUUAAAAAUGCGAGAGACGGUUUUAUAAACGGCGCUAUCAAAAUAACGCAAGAACAAUAGAUGUAGGUAUCUCGCGGGGUACAUGUAACGAAGGUUAACGUUAAUCAAUAAAUCAAUCGAGCAUCUCCGCCUAAACGUGAAAAUUUCCCAAAUUUUGACUUUUAGAAAUACUUCGUUCCCCAAAUCUCUUUUUAUUAACACACUCCGGGAUUGCUCAUGAAACUAACCCGAUAUACUUUUAAUCAGUAAACACCAAGACAGGUUAUCCUCUCUUGGUAAACACUUUAUUGGCCACCACCCCAGCCAGUUCUAGAGGGGAAGGGUGUUUCCUUAGGAACUGAUUAGCUCAAAUGACCACCGAACUUUAAUAAUUAUUCGAUCUUAAAGAAAUACAUUUAUAAUUCGCAAUCAGAACAAACACAAAUCGUCUUAAUCUCGUAGCUAAAGCAAACUUACUUCUGUGGCGGGUCGUUACAACAAUCGGACUUUACAGGUUAGCAAAUUCUUUUAACAGAUUCUUCAGGUAAGCGGAUUUAUAGACACACUGUAAAUUAUUUUCUUUCUCACUUCGAUUCUACUGAAAAACUGGUUUGAAACACAAUAAGGUAAUACAAUUCUUGUCAUGAAAUAAAUCUAUUCAAUAACAGGCAACGCUUGUUUGAUAAACAAAACAGAGAGGAGACCUCGCGUACCUUGCAUUUCCAUUUCCACCGUUUUAUUCCUUGGCUUCAUACCCUUAGCCGUCUUGUGACAAAUAAUAUUUACUAUUUUUCUGUAAUUUCCUUCUUCGCCCACCUCUCACCCCUUCAUAAUUCCCUCCUAUCGUCCUCUUAUUUCCCGCCUUCUGUACACCUCUAACCCCUUAAUCCUUCGAGCUACCCCAUCCCUGUCGUCGUUUUUCUAGGUCGUCGUUUCUAGGUCAUCGUUUUCUAGGUCGACGUUUUCUGGGUCGUUGUUUUCUAGGUCAUCGUUUUCUAGGUCUUCGUUUUCUAGGUCGUCGUCUUCUAGGUCGUCGUUUUCUAGACACCCAUCUGUUACCUUAAGCCACCAGCUUUAUAAUAAUGCCUACACUGAAAAUUCCUUGAACAGCGAUGCAAUAUUUUUCGUCUAGUACUUCACAGUUGGCGAUUGAGGCUUCUUUCGCAGUGAGCCUCCGCUUGCGUACCCUGUUCCGAGAAGUCAUUCGCGGCUAAAGUUUCAAAUGAAACCAGUUUUAAGAUGGACAGUAUUUUGAUUUGCACUCGUUUGUUGGUAAAUCAAAAGGCACCUUGUUAGCGGUCAACAACUUGCAGAGGGAUUCAACUCCGCGAUACACUCACUUUCCGUAUUAAGGCAUAUUUAAGGCAUAUUUUCCUACCAUAAGACCAUAAAACAAUAAAAAAGACAGCAAAAUCGAUCCUUCUCUCCACCGACGACGGAUCAUUCACGAAAACAACCACGCGAGGAUUAAGCGCUUUCAACUUCCGGCGUUUCUGACAGCCAAUCAGAUCUUGUGGCAUUGUUCUAACAGCCAAUCAGCGUUACGGCCAAAAUCUGGCCGUAACGAGCACAAGCGUGAAUGAGUUUGGAUCAGGCCCAAUUUUAGCAGUAGCCGUUAGAGAGAAUGUAUGAGAACCGCUAAAAUUGGGCCUGAUCUCUGGUUACCCUGAUCUUUGAUGUAGUAAGUAUAUUUUUCUUCCGCAGUUCAAACUCAUGAUGUUUCAGUCAUUUAUACUACUACAUGAAAAAUUUCUGCGAUUUGAUUGGCUUAGGUGCUAGAGCAGUGGUAUUUCAGCUUAAUGUGAAAUUCCUACAUGUGAAAAUUACAAACCUUUUGCGGGUAGUAGUAUAAACAAAUAAUAGCAUGAUUUGUACGUGAUAUUUGCAGGAUUGUCAAUAAGGGGCGGUAGCCAGCCAAAAUCGCCGGCUAGUUAGCCAUCCUUGGCCAGCUACUUUAAUCUCCUUAUCUACCGUAACUGCUAACCAAAAAUAAGCAUCAUCAAAUAAAAAUAAUUGUAAAGCAUCCGUUUCCCAGUUUUGAAUGACAUUGAACGCAUAUUCUAGCAGGUUUAGAUCUGUUACACGUUCGAACUGUGCAAUGUCUUGGAACGCCUGGGACAUUUCUACGGCAUUGUUCCCAGUCUAGCGUGUAUUCUGACGAAACAACAUGGCGUCUACGGGGUGGAAAAUACCUCUUGAAAACCUCUGGGAACGCCAUUUCCGAGAUUAUAAUUUUCAAAAUGUCCCUAGAUGUCUCGGCCCUCAAGAACUUGUGCCUUUGGUGCGAGUUCCAAAGCAACCUACUAUUCAGUUUGAGCCUGCUACUUAAAAACUUUUUGACAGCCCUUGAUAUUUGGCAUAAAUACCACUCGUGAUAUUUCAAGAUUGUCCCAAAUUACUCAAAUUUCACUCGCCUAACGGCUCGUGAAAUUACGUAUAACAAUUUCGAUUGCAAUCACUCGUGGCAUUUAUGCCAAAUAUCACUACAAAUCAUGCUAUUACCUAUACAUAUUCACUUGCUCGGAACUCACUGUUAAGCAGUAAUGGGGAAACUGAUGCACUAAACCAGUUUUGCAGAAAAUUUUACUGCGUUUGCAGAAAUACAAGAUUCCGUUUUCCUAUUGGUAAUUAAAACCAUUUUGCAUUUAUAAGCCUCGCAAUAAAAGAAUGUUGCUUAAUCCGGUAGAUCUACUCUAGGUAUUGGGCGUUAAUUUAAUUGCGUGACGAAAUACUGUUAUUUGUUUCUUAUUUUCAAAUGGUUUUUCAAAUGCCCUGUGUAACUAACGAAGAUGUGAGUCAAGUGAAAACAUCGUGAUCUUUUUACAAAUCGGGUGUCUUGUUUUCGUUCGUCACUCUAUAUUAUAACUUACAUCUCAUCUAAUGCCUGUCUUCAAAUUAUUUCUUGAGACUAUCGUUUCCAUUUACCAUAGGUGAGACAUCCUCCUUUUCAGCAACAAAUACUAGAUGUUACACAUAUUACACCCCCCCCUCGCCCAUCCACUGUGUAUAACGCAGUAGUCACUGCUGUCCAACUACGAGGUAGAGAAGAAAUAAUGAUGUUGUGUUGACGUCGAAGCUUUCGUUUACUUGUGUUAACCAAAUGGAUCAAAUGUGGUCAACACAAAUGCUGGCCAUAGACUCAGAGGCAAGUCUUCCCGACUAGGAAAAAGAACGUUGCAAGUGUGAUUCGCAUAGUAACGCUGUAGAAUACAGCAAUAAAUCCAACUCUUACACACCAGAGACAUAAGGUGGCUGAUAACAGUUUCAACACUUUCCAGCAUUAUACUUUGACGGAUCAAAACUUCCACUCUUUAUCAAGUGAUGCUGCAAUAUAGGUAUCACACAAUCGCCCAACCACCUGUAAACAAGUUGUGGUCAUCUUCACUGGACGAAAAAACGGAUUUACUAAUGUUUGCGAAAGGUGCAAAUAUGUGGUAAAUUUGGAGCUCCAAAUUUGCAUUACAUUUGCGCUGUCGGCUAAAGUGUGGGCAAAUACAUAUAUUUGCUAGAUACGUAUUGAUACGCAAAAGUGAAGUAAAUGUAAUGGUUUGAUACAAAUUUGAUACAUAUUUGCAGCAUGGGCAAAUCUUCAACAUUUCUACCAGUUUACUCAAAUUUGCAUCCUUGGCAAAAAUGACAGUUUUCACUUUACUUCAAAUGCAGGCAAAAAUAUUGCAAAACCCCUAAUUUGCAGUGGUAUUUGCUCUUGUUUUUCCAGGAUACCAAAAGAACACUUUUGCAUGUGGUUUACUCGUAUUUGCCUUAAGAGCAAAAACAACAAAUUUCUAGACAUUUGGCUGUAUCAUAAAUUUGCACAUUUGCAUCAUAAUUAUCCAUAUUUGCGAGGGGAGCAAAUAUAGUGAGCUGCAUAACAUUUGCUGACAGUCAAAGGUGAUGUGCAUGUGACAUUUCCUAUAUGUUUGAUCCGUUUUGUGACUAAAGUAAAUUUCCAAUCUCAACUGUAACAUUACAUUGUUACAAUAAAAUUUUGUACAUGCUGUGAGACUCCGCCCAGAGGUCCAACCCCUUACAUGCAUCUUUCCUGUUAACUGUUUUAUGUGCACUGUCAUUUUAAUAUAAAGGAAUCAGAAACCAGUUAAUUUUUUUUGACAAUUUUACAUUCACAAAUUUCUUCUGUUAGUCUUUUUACAGAACGAAAUGACAGAUAGUCUACCCUGUCAUAUACUUUAACUCAGGAAAUCCCUAUCCUUUCAUACCUGAAGCAUGAAAAAGGUGCCCCUUUCUGACAGCGCCCCUGGCAUAAACCUUUCCCGGGCUACUAAUUUAAAGCAAAUACACUAAUUCAAAUCCACUCGUUAUUAAGGUCCAGUAGUCAGAUCAUUGAUGCACUGUAUUUCCUACAGUCAGGGCCAUAGCCAGUAUGAGGCAAACCGAGGCACUUGCCUCUGUCAUUUAAGGUUUGAUCAUGGCAGUGUUUUGUUUCAACGUAGUCAUCAUAAACACCCUGAAUAGCUAAUACAUAUACUGCAGGGUUCUUUCUAUAUUUCCGACAAUAUUUAUACUGAUUCUAGAAUAUUAGGGGCCUAUAUCAUACGGGACUUAUUUGUUGUAGUUUUGACUGACCACCUAGAGAUGACUACAUCUCGAUGGUGGGCUUCCUAAAAAUGACCACAUUUUGAAAACUCAACAGCCAAUACUACAACAAAAUAUGGUGAAACUGCUCACAAUUUUAUUUGAACAUUAACUCAGCUGACAAAUUUAUGAAAGGCUAAUUUUUCUUACUCUAUUGUUUGCAACCCUGAGUUUAAGUUUCACUGAUUUUAAUGUUGAUUUUGAGUUUUACUGUUCAUUAAGUACUACCUAUUCAAUCCAAAAAAGUCACAGCAUUUCGGCUAGCUAAAAUUCACCUGAAGCCUGGUUAUUUGAACUUGGGAUACAAGGAGGAUCUACAGGAGCUACCGGUCGAAUUGUCAAAUCCUACCCGACAAAGCCCCCGCCCCAUAAACAAUGAACAGACAUUUAUUGGGUUUAUUGUUGGAUCACAGGAGCUCUGAGUUAGCCUUAGAUCAUGAAAAGUCUAGAGCUAUAAAGAAAAAACUAAGGUGGUGAAACAAAUUAACAUGCAGCCUUUAAACUUCUGGACUGGGUUGCUCAAAGAUGGGUUAAGAUAACACAAGGUUGGGUCCAGUGGUCAGAUCAUUUACUGCAUUUUUUGUACAUCAUACUAAAAAAUCAAAUUUGGUCCGAAAUAAAAAGUUUUGUGGAUUUCAAACUCAGUGUUGUGAUUAUUCACUUGUACAUAAUUUCCUCAUGGCCAUGCAUUUAACCAACAAACUUAAUUCAAUUUAAAACCAACAAUUUUAGUUUAACCGGUAUUUGUUGUAGUUUUGACUGCCCACCUAGAGAUGACCACAUCUCGAUGGCCGGCUUCCUAAAAAUGACCACAUUUUGAAAACCCAACAGCCAAUACUACAACAAAAUAUGGUGAAACUGCUCACAAUUUUAUUUGAACAUCAACUCAGCUGACAAAUUUAUGAAAGGCUAAUUUUUCUAACUUUGUUGUUUGCAACCCCGAGUUUGAGUUCCAUUGAUUUUAAUGUUGAUUUUGAGUUUUACUGUUCAUUAAGCACUACCUAUUCAAUCCAAAAAGUCAUAGCAUUUUUGCUGGCUAGAAUUCACCUGAAGCCUGGUUAUUUGCUUGGGAUACAAGGAGGAUCCACAGGAGCUACCGGUCGAAUGGUCAAAUCCUACCUGACAGCCCCCCAAAACCCCCCCCACCUCUGCACAAUAAACAAUGCACAGAUCUUUAUUGGAUUACAGGAACUCUGAUUUGGCAUUGGAUCAUGAAAAGUCUAGAGCUAUAAAGAAAAAACUAAGGUAGUGAAACAAAUUAACAUGCAGCAUUUAUCCUUCUGGACUGGGUUUGCUCAAAGAUGGGUUAAGAUAACACAAGGUUGGGUCCAGUAGUCAGAUCAUUUACUGUAUUUUUUGUACAUCAUACUAAAAAAUCAAAUUUGGUCCGAAAUAAAAAGUUUUGUGGAUUUCAAACUCAGUGUUGUGCUUAUUCACUUGUACAUAAUUUCCUCAUGGCCAUUUAACCAACAAACUUAAUUCAAUUUAAAACCAACAAUUUUAGUUUAACCGGUAUUUGUUGUAGUUUUGACUGCCCACCUAGAGAUGACCACAUCUCGAUGGCCGGCUUCCUAAAAAUGACCACAUUUUGAAAACCCAACAGCCAAUACUACAACAAAAUAUGGUGAAACUGCUCACAAUUUUAUUUGAACAUUAACUCAGCUGACAAAUUUAUGAAAGGCUAAUUUUUCUAACUUUGUUGUUUGCAACCCUGAGUCUCACUGUUCAUUAAGUACUACCUAUUCAAUCCAAAAAAAGUCAUAGCAUUUUUGCUGGCUAAAAUUCACCUGAAUCCUGGUUAUUUGAUCUUGGGAUACAAGGAUGAAGAGAGGGUCCCCCCCCUUAAAAAAUGAACAGACCCCUACUGGGUUACAGGAGCUCUGAGUUGGCCUUGGAUCAUGAAAAGUUGUAAGCUAUAAAGAAAAAACUAAGGCGGUGAAACAAAUUAACAUGCAGCAUUUAUUAUCCUUCCAGGCUGGGUUGUUUAAAGCUGGUUAAGAUAACCCAAGGUUAGUAUGAAAUAUGAAUUCAGAUAUGACAGUUUUAAAAACAAAUUCAUUUGAAUUCCUUUUGUCUACAAUUUGGUGAUUUGAUACUUAAAAAAAAGGGAAAAUUAUCUGACAAAAUGCUUUUGAUUAAAAGGAAAAAGAAACGCAGGUUAAAAUCUAGCACUGCGUUAGUGCUAAUCGGUCUUUGGAACAACUGGGCCCUGGUCUUUUUUUGGGUCCAAUUCUAAAUCACAUAACCACUUCGAAGUGAGUCAAUGGUACAUAACCUGGGCAUGUGUUACAUUCCCCUUCUGUCAUUUGAUAAUAGUAAAGCCUAGGGUCGCACAAUGGGCGGGGAUCUCCAAUUACUAAAACUAAAAAUUCAAAAUGACACAGUAACUGUUGUAUACAGUUACAGAGGGCCCACACUACCUCCCCUUUACAUUAAGUAAAUACACUACAACAAAUCUACUGGACAAAGGUCCAGUAGUCAGAUCAUUUACUGUAUUUUUUCUACAUCAUAAUAUUAUUAUUAAAAAGCUAACAAUAACAAGGCCACCCACAGUACCUUAAAUUUGGUAAAAAAAAAAAAAAAAAAAAAAAAAAAGGUUCUGUGCAUUUCAAAGUCAGGGUUGAGAUUAUUCACUUGUACACAAUUUCCUCAUGGCCAUUUAUUCAAGAAAAUUCACAUCAAAACUGACAAUUUUGUUCUUACCGCUAUUAAUUUUGUUCUAGUUUUCACUGACUAUACCUAGAGAUGACCACAUCUUGAUGGUAAGCCUCCUAAAAAUGGCCACAUUUUGAAAGCCCAACAGCCAAUACUACAACAAAUGGUGAAAUUGCUUUGUAUUUCAUAUCAUUUGUGAAUAGAAACUCAGCACAGACAUGAAUGAAUAAUUUCUUUGCUGCUCUUUACAACCCUGAUUUUGAGUUCAAUAUGAACAAUGUCUUUUUAAAACAUAAUAUCUGAGGCAUAUUUCUUAAGCUAUAUGUCAGUGCUAGUGAGCAGUCAUGGACUGCUGUUUUGAAGGGGCAUCCGAUAGCAAGAUAGCCUUUCCAAAAUCAAUGAGCAUUGGGUAGUACAUAUUGUUUACCUUUGUAAGAAUAAUGUUGUCACUCUUUAUAUCUCUGUGGGGGAAACCUGUAUGAGUGCAAAUGUUCUAUAGCUUCACACAAUUUCAGUACAUUAUGUUCCCGCAGAACACUGUGAAAGGGACAUGAAUUUCCUUAGCAGGGCAAAGCACAAAGAACAAGAAAAAUAAUAUUGUAAAGAUGGUAAAAAUAUAACCCAAGGAAGUACAUGUGAGGUUUCUGUUUUGUGACAUUUACCCCAAACAGAUGGGGUAUUGAUGGAUGCGAGCAUUCAGUAUAUAAGCUUCAAUUCUGUCAUCUUGUGAAGAGGAAAAAUGAUUACUGUAAAUAAAUUGAGACCCACUGGAAUACCCUGUAGCAUUUCUUCAUGCACAGACCACAAACAGCUUCCCCAUGUUGAACCUGUAUUUCAUUGACCUCUUUAUCUUUUGGAGAGUUCAGGUGAUGCAACUCAAUUUCAAGAACAUUGGAAAUAACUCCAGUACCACUCAAGGAAAAAUCUGAAACAAAUACACAAAAAAAGUCACUAAACCCACUAAAAAUAACUGUUAAUUCUACCUUUAUUGAUAAUAUUGUGAAAUUAAAUGAAUUGUGUUACUUGUGUUGCCAUUAUCUUUAUGAACAUUAUAAAUACACAUGUGGCACAUUUUAGCAUUUUUGACCUUUUGACUCAGCUUACAUGUACAGCUGUAUCAUUAUAAACUAUUAUAAACAAAACAACCUUGUAUAUGAAAACAUGACAAAACAAAACAGAAAAAAAUGACAGUAACGUACAGGGUGCAAAGAAAGUCAUUUUUACAGCUUGCCAUUCGGGCAAGCUGAAACUAACAUUUACUAGCCCAAACGUCAUUUCAACUACCCACAAAAUUUUUGAUUUAACAGUUCUUCUGUAAGGUGAAUUCCUCAAACUGCAUUGUACUUGCCCGUCGGGCAAGUGAAGAACAGAAUUUACUAGCCCGAUAGCAAAAUCCGCUAGCCCCGGGCUAUCGGACACUACUUUCUUUGCACGCUGAACGUAUAUAAAAUGAAGGCUCCACCCUACCCCUGUCAAAAUCAAUGGUACAUGUACAGGUAUUACGCUCAAUAUGUCAAUAUAGCGCCAGAGGUAGUAUAAAUUACUCAAGCAAUUAAUCUUGAGCUACUUCUGUCAAAUACCAAUAAAUUAGCAUUUUAACAUUGCAUAACUACAUAUUUUGCUGACUUAACACCACUUAAAUUUUUCAACAAGGCUUUUUUCAGCUGGAUCACUACCACAUAUACGCACGCGACACGCGUGCUCAUACAUGCUACAAAUGUAAAUAUGGAUGCAAAUGUAGUUUAUUCCCGGUUAUAACAUAUAUGUGGCAGUAGAAGCACGAUAUACAAAGCAAAAUACAUCGACUUUACCUUUUAAAUUUCGAACAUCCUUGAGAAGAAAUCCAGCAACAUAGGCAAUCUCUUCCUCCCGCCAAAUCGCCAAAAGACCGCGCGCCCGAUUUCCCAAGGAUUUGCGCCUCAGUGGUGCUGGUCAGCGACAGUCUGCAUAACCGUUCGAGAACGAGGCACAAAUUCGUCGACCGUUAACGCGUUCCACUGCCAUCGAUUUGCCAUCAGCUUUUACUUCGUACGUUUAACGCCAUAUUUAUCAAGAGGUUUCGAAUUUUCCUUCUUUGUGGGGUUGACUGUCGAGUAUGGAGGAAUCGGCCAGUCUUAUUUGUUCGAAUUUAUCGAACGAAUGUGUCCUCGAAGAACUUAUAAAAAUAAUCGCUCGAACUCGAGGGAACUGCAUACUUAUAGAUCCUUCGACGAAAAUCCACCAUGAAAGACAUCUAGAUAUCUCCAUCGGCGACGAUCAAGUAGUAACGAGUGGAUCCAAGAAAAGCAGCCGUUAGUACUUAGUAAAUAGAUUUCGGUGAAUCGAUGCUGUUUUAAUUAGCAGACAUUGUAAAACUAAGAGGCAGGAGAAAUGUUGAGGACAAACAAAUGCUGAGGGAGCAACUAAUCGGGAGUAAAAGAAAUGCUCAGUAAGUAUAAGAAAGUUCGUUGUUACUGUUAAGCCGCUAAUGAUGCUAUUUGAUAAUACCUACAUUUGCAUUCCAAUAUUCAGUAAUCAACAAGGACCACCCCUACUCCUGAAACUUUAUUUGUCCUGUUGUUGUAAAAAAUACUGUAAUCUUUUGUUUGGUUGUUCUCUUCAGAUAAAUGGUCUUGGAAAAUUUAAUAAGAAUUGAAGCAAGCGUUAAUUCCCCUCUAUUAGGCCAAAAUUAACCUUAUCCUCUAGUGCCUACUUUCUCCAAAGGCUUUUCCGAAAUUUAAAAGGGGAGUAAAGGCAGUGACUGCCAUGGUGCUGAAAACAUAGUGUAGCUAGAAUUUAGAUCAUGGUACCCUGCUUUCACUGAUUGUUUUUUAUGAUCACCCCAUGUAAGGGAUUCUGGAAUCCGGGAAAUUUUUGCUUAUGGAAUACAGAAUUCGGGCAAUUUUUGUUGCGGAAUCCUAAAUUCUGAGCUUUGAAACCUGAAAUACAAGUCAAACGAUUGGAAUCCAGAAACCAAGUAAUCCACUGAAAAAGGUUCCGGAAUCCGCAGCGUGGAAUCCAGAAUCUAAAACUGUCUUGGAUUCUCUCAUAUGAGGCAAUUAUAGUAUACUGUAUUUAUUCGAAUAAGCGCCCAACCUCGAAUUAGCGCCCAGCCUCGAAUAAGCGCCCACCCCACCCCACUCCCUCCCACACAAACUCAAAUAAGACAUAAUAAGAGACCCUCCCGAAGACGGAGUUUUCUUCAGAGUAUUUUACAGAUUGGGCUGAAACCUUGCUUUGUUACUUCUUCGCUUUUUGUUAUUACCAUUUAUUAUUUUGUAGCAAAAUAAACAUACUACACUUGCUGAGAAUGGCGAAAAUUUAAUAAGCGCCCAGCCUCGAAUAAGCGCCCACUAUCAAGGCCCAAAAAUUUAAUAAGCGCCCAGGGCGGUUAAUUGAAUAAAUACGGUAAUUAAACUUUUGUUCCCAAGAUACACUGUAAGUGAUGGCAAUAUUGCAGAAGAAGCAGGUUCAUGAAGUUUUAAGUAAUAUGUCAAUAAUGUUGUUAUGGUAGUGAUGUUGUGGGACACUCACUAUAAAAUUAAUACAAUGAUUUACCUGGAGUCAAUUGUCUUGUUACAAAAGGGUUUCUCGCAUUCAUUUUUUCGUUUUGUUUUUGCUCAAAGAAGGUCUUAGUUUUAACAGGUACAGUGUAAUCAGGAUUAUGAUGACCGCUUGGGGUUAGAUUUGAGACAUUAAAGUUACGAGCCAGCAAUUUGUUUAAACUAGUUAAUUUUGAUAUCAGUUAACUCAGGAAAUAAGUAAGUUUAGUCACCUAGUGUGACUGAGCCAGUAAUAAUACAUGUAAUAUCUAAUAGCAACCUUUUUUUUGCUAUAAAAGGCUAGAAUAUUUAGACAGAAAAGGACAAUAGUAUUUUUCAUGACAAGCAUCUACAGCUUUAGUUUCAAUAUUAAUGGUCUCAAUUAUGUAUAAUUUCUGUUUGUUGCAGAAAAAGCUGAAGAGACAACCCUUUUCCAGUCAACCUCUAUUUCAAGAAGGAUUGUUGUAAGUUCAAAGCUUGUAUAAUUGUGGAGUACAUGUCUUCAGAGCAAGGCAAUACAGACCAAGGAGAUGACAAAUCCGAGAAAAGUGCUUUGCAGGAGGCCUCUAGCAUGGAGGAGUCAACAACUUAGCCUGUAAAAACCUCUUUGCCAAGCUGAACAGUAAAGCAAAAUUAAAACAGUCACAUGUAAGCUUGUCAUUACUCAAUGACGAUAGAAAGGACGAAUGGCUUCUCCUCAGAGCAGGAGGCACCAGAUAAUGCUCCUGAAUUUGCUUUGUGAUAAGGAAAUAUAAGUUAAUCCAAGGCUCUUAAAGAAAUUCCAGAUUAUUUAUGACUGGUCAUACUUACAGGUACAUGUACAUGUAGCUCUGCAAAUACAGUAAUCCUUUAAUCACUCUCUGUUUAUGACACUGUUUUUUAGAAAAAGAUAAAUCUGUGUAAACAGUACAAAUCCUGAUGGUGUUGAUUUGUCCUGAGAAUCUGGUGGCAGGUAGAUCAAAUUGGUUGAUGUGAUAAAUUUUUCAUUAGAAUCCUUUGGCUAUUGUUUGCAAGUAAUGUACCAGUCAGCAGGUUAAAAAGGCCAAAAAGAAACAUGUGUACAUUAAUUAUUAAUGUACACAUGUUUCUUUUAAAUCUGUUUGCUUAACUGCAGGCAUUUGAGUUCUGCUGGCACCACUUCACAGUACAUUUGUACCGAUUACAGCAAUUGCAACUGACCUGCUUGAACAAAAAAACAAAACAAAUUUAGGUACACCCUGCUUUUUGUCAUGAUUUAUUACGGAAUUUUGCAAAGGAUUGCAACAUGACUCAAGAAAAAGAGUGAUGAGAGACAGCAGUGUAGUUAUUUUGCAGGCUAGCCAGAUCAACCUUUUGUACUACAUGUACAUGUAUACUGAGUUUAAAAUAAUUAUUAGCUUCUUUCAUUGGGACCAACUACAGUGACAAUGGUAAUGUUGACAUGCUGUGGAAUACUUAUAGCUGGUCAUUACUUUCAUGACCCUCAAUUUUCUUAGAACGGGGCAAGUACUAGAAGCUCCGGCUGGUGCUUCCUCUAAGAGCAUAUCCAAUACCAUACAGGAACCAUUAGCAACGCAAAUGAAGUUAAAGAAGUCUGAUCUGAAUUUGAAUAGCUAUAUGUACCUAAACUAUUUCUUAGUUUGCUAAAUGCUAUAACACAGUUGUUAUACCAGCAAAAAUUGUAAAUUGGUAGCAAGAAUUAGGCCUUUCAUGCUAAUAGAGCCUAAAGGAAAAAAUGCCACCAGAAUCAAAUUUUGUUUAAUCUGUAAAUAGCAAUAAAUACAAAAAUACUAAUUAUUUAUUAGAAUGGGUGUCUUGAGGGUUCCAUUUCGUUCAAACAGGAUUUGGUCCUUAGAUACAAAAGUUUAAGUAAGAAAUAGUCUUGUCAUAAGUAAAUAUUGGUCCAAGGGUGAAAGGAUUUUUAACCUGUUUCUGAGUUGCAAAAACCUAAAGAACUGAAAUAGGUUUGAGGCAACUCUGAAACACCUACAGCUGUAUGUAGAAUAUCUUACACAUUUAGAUGAAGAACACUUUUCUUAUAAUAUUAAUAGUUAGUAAUGAUCUGAUAGAGCAUAGAGUGGAGACAAGUAAACAUCAACGAACAGUAAAAUUGGGAAUUAAUAUGAAGAGCUGUAUGUACAGCUUUAUACUGUAGUUUGUAAUGUCUGUAAUAAUGUGUAAGCCACUUUGGUUUAUGGAAUAAAUCAUUUGAACAUUAAUGGGAGGUCACUGCUAGAAUUUCUUUCAGUAACUUUAAUGUUUGAUUAAUUAUGGCCACUUGUUAAGAAACUGAAGUGAGCCAUAUUAUAAUUUAAAUUAUUUUUAAAAUUUUAUCGCAUUUGCUACAACCCAAGCAAACUCGUUUAAACCUUGGAAUUUACAUUAAUUUGCUACUGGAGAAAACAUGCUCAAUUUUAUGGGUUUGAUGACAUUUGCUAACCAAAUUAAAGUCAGAAUUUGAUUACAUUUGCUACCUGAGCGAAAAAUUGUACAAUACUAACAGUUUGAUCAGAUUUGCUGCCCAAGCAACUUUGUUCAAAACUUGACUUUUGACCACAUUUGCCGCUACAAGCAAAAUUUUGUGUUUGAUCAAAUUUGCACACCCUAGAAAAUUUGUUCAAAGUUUAGGUUUGCUAACAUUUGCUUCGUGAGCAAACAUGUUUAAUACAAAGAGUUUGGUUGCAUUUGCCAUGCAAAGCAAUCUGGUUCAAUUAUGGAAAUUUGAUCACCCAUGAUAACCCAAGCAAACAUUGUUCAAAUUAGAUACUUCGCUCACAUUUGCAAAGCUGCGUAAACGUUCUGAAAAUAACAGGUUUACAUGCUUUUACAUCUAAAGCAAAAGCUGUGCAAAACAGCAGAUUUGCGCUAUCAUUUGCGUAAUGUGCAAAUAUAGUUCAAAGAAACAUAUUUGCCUACACAUUUGAACCAUCUGCAAAUGACCCUCAAAUCCACGGCUGCCCAUUAUCUUUGCACCAAGAUGUAAAUGUUGUGCAAAUGUGGCAUUUACCGUCAUUGCUACGGAUAGCAAAUCUAGUGCAAUAUCAGUCUUUGCUCUUGCGCAAAAUUGUGCAAAUGUGGUAUUUGCUACACAUUUGCUGUAAUUUGGCUACCCUAGUAAAUCCAUUUUUUCGUCCAGUGCUUCAUAGCACAAUAGGCUACAAUAGCAACAAUACAACUUGUUAAAAACACCCUUAAUGUUAGCUUUAAGAUAGAACUUUUAGCAAUUCAAAAAAAAUUAGGUAGGAUUCAGAGCCAUUUUCAGAUUUCAAAUAUUUGGGCAUGCUUCAGCAAUUUAUGUUAAAUUCGAACCUCGAUUGCUCUUCCGAAGGUUUAGGCAACCUUCGAGUAAAUGUUCGAACUCCUUUGGGUAUGCUUCGAAAAUCUGUGUAACACUCGACCUCGAUUAAUCUUCAGAAGGUUUCGGAAAUCUUCGGAAACCUUUGGGUGGCUUUCAUUUGUCUUUGGAAGACCUUGAUUUUAUUAGGGCGUUUUGGAAAGGCUCCGAAUGAUCUUCGGUGAUCCAGCCAGGAAAGUUAUACGGUAUUACUGGCAACCCAUAGCUUGGCCUUCUUCUCAGCGACCGCUAGGUGUAGGACUAACACGUGCGCAGGUUCCUAUGGUCACACACAAAAUAAUCCAUUGUGAAGGUCUGGCAAGAACAGAUUCAAUCAGUGAUCUUGCUUGUUUGGUUUUGAAUAGCAAUAGUAACUCCCGUACGAGUUUUAACUGAUUCAUGAAGCAAUUUCAAUUUUAUACGAAAGUAAACCGCAAACGGCUUGCCAAGUUCCUGGCAGAAUAAAUGAAAAUAGUUCCUUGAUUUUCAUUCUCAUUAAACAGGAACGUCUUACCAUGGAGAAAGUGGAGAAAAUACUUGAGGCCUUAAAACUCUCCAAGGAAGCCGGAAACAAAGAAGCGGAAGGGAAUUCUUAUAUCGACCUCGGGAGCGCCUACCACGAUCUCGGUCAACAUGAAAAAUCCAUCGAGUAUUUUGAAAAAUCUCUUUCGAUUUGUAGAGAAACCGGAAACAAAGCUGGAGAAUUGAGUACAUGCCGCAAGCUUGGAAGUGCCUAUGGUUGUCUUCACAAGCAUAAGAAAUCCGUCGAGUGUUUCGAGAAAGCGCUAUCGUUAAGCAAGGAAGUUGGAGACAGGGGAGAAGAAGGGAAAGCGCACAGAAAUCUUGGUGCCGCAUUCUAUAGUCUUGGUCUGCCCGAUAAGUCGAUUGAGCAUAUUGAAAAUGCACUUAUAAUCAGUGUAGAAAUUGGCAACAAAAAGAAGGAAGGAAAUUCAUACAACGCAUUUGGUCAAGUGUAUUACUCUACUGGUCACUAUGACAAGGCGAUAUUUAACUUCGAGAAAGAGCUGAAAGUAAGACAAAUACUAGAAGACAAACGCGGUCAGGGGCGAUCUUACAAUCUUCUUGGCAAUGUUUAUCAUGCUCUCAGUCAGUAUGAGAAAUCCAUCGAUUGCCAAAAGAAAGCUCUUCAGAUAAGCGAAGAAACCGGAGACAAGAAAGGGGAAGGAGAUGCCUACAACAGCCUCGGCGACGUGUACCGUGCUCUUGGCGAAUAUGAUAUAUCGAUCGGGUACUUGAAGAAAGGUCUUGAAAUAAGCAAGGAGUCCCGCAAUAAGCCAGGAGAAGGAAUGGCCUACAACAGUCUUGCGACAUUGUUUCUUGCCCUUAGUGAAUAUGAGAAAGCGAUCGAUAACUCGACGAAGGGUCUUGAAAUUUGUACAGAGGUAGGAAACACACGCGCGAAAAGCAAAUGUUACAGCAACAUUGCUACAGCAUAUCAUGCUCUUGGCCAAUCCGAAAGGUGUCUGGAGUAUUAUGAAAAAAGUCUCGACAUCGCCCAAUCGCUUGGAGACAGACAGGGAGAAGGAACAAUGUACAAUAAUCUCGGUACAUUGUUUUAUGAUCUUAGCCAAUACGAGAAAUCGUUACACUAUUACCAGAAAGCGAUUGAGGUCCACAAAGAAAUAGGAGACAGACAAGGACAAGGAACAGCUUACCUAAACCUCGGUGACGUACAUGAUGCUCUUGCUAAUCAUCAAGAGUCACUCGACUUUUUACAGAAAUCUCUUGAAAUCAGUCAAGAAAUCGGGGAUAAACGGGCUGAAGGGGCGUCGUACAGCAGCAUCGGAAGUGUGUAUAAUUCCCUUGGCCAGUUUGAGAAGUCCAUUGAAUAUCAGACGAAAGCCCUUAAAAUCUAUGAAACGAUUGGGGAAAAGCGAGGGCUGGGAGACUCGUACAACAAACUAGGUAGCGUGUACAGUGAUCUCCAACAGUACCAAGAGGCAUUGGCUUGCUACGAGAAAGGACUUGAGAUAAGAAAAGCGAUCGGUAACAAACACGGAGAAGCAGCAUCCUACAACAACUUUGGCAGCGUCUACGGCGAACUUGGCCACUACGAGAAAUCAAUCGAGAAUCACGAGAAAGCGCUGGUUAUCAGGAAAGAAACUGGCGACAAACGAGGGGAAGGGACAUCUUACAACAACCUCGGUAGUGUAUACAGCAAGUUACAGCAGUAUGACAAAGCAAUUGAUUAUUUCAAGAAAAGUCUCGAAAUCAGUGCAAAAAUUGGCAAUAAGCUGGGAGAGAUGGCAUCCUAUAGUCACCUGUGUCUUGUAUGGUACGCUCGUGGGCAAUAUGGAAAGGCGAUUGAGUGUGAAGAAAAAGCACUUGCAUUAAAAGAAGCCAUUGACGACAUACGUGGAGUAGUUAUCUCGUGCGUCAAUCUUGCAAGUAUUUACCAUGCACUUGGCCAAUAUGAAAAAUGUAUCGGGCAAUUUAAGAAAGCUAUUCAAGUCAGCGAAUCCACGGGUGACAAGCAACAACAAAUACAAUUGUACAGCAAUCUCGGUGAUGUGUAUAAUGCUUUGGGACACAAAGAGCAGUCACUAGAAUUUCACGAGAAAGCCAUCGAAAUGUGCAGAGAAGUUGGAGACAGAAAAGCAGAGAGUACCUCCUAUCACACAUUGGGAAGUAUUUGCCACGCCCUACACCAGUUUGACAAAUCUAUCAACUAUUAUAAAUCCAGCCUUGAAAUUCUGAAGACCCUUGAUGACAAACAUGGCGAGCAUAAAACACGCAGUGCCCUCGCUAAUGUGUAUGAGGCUCUAGGCCAGCAUAAAGAAGCGAUUGAGUGCCACAAGGAAGCCCUCAACAUUGGCGAAACACUGUGUGACAAGGAGAAAGAAGAAGCAUCAUGUAGCAAGCUCAGUAUUCUGUAUAAGGCUCUUGGCCAGUACGAUAAAUCUAUCAAAUACAGAGAGAAUGCUCUGGAAAUCUGUAAAGCUCUGGGAUAUAAACCAUUAGAAGGAAGAUCGUACGAGCUUCUUGGUAUCUUGUAUCAUGCUGUCGGUCAGUUUGAGAAGUCGAUUGAGUGCGCAGAGAAGGCAAUUGAAAUCUUUAGAACCACUGGUCGCAGAGGGGCUGAGGGAAGAUCAUACAGCCAGCUUGGAAAUCUCUAUUUUGAUACUGGCCAGUAUGAGAAGGCUGUUGAAAAUCAUAAGAAGAGUCUUGAAAUCCGGGAAGCCAUUGGUGACAAGAAAGGAGAGGGAACCUCCCACAACAAUUUAGGCUCCGCAUAUUGUGCACUCAAUCAGAUCAAGAAGUCUAUUGAAUCCUGUCAUAGAAGUGUUGAAAUCAGGAAAGAAAUUGGCUACAAAGAAGGGGAAAUAACCUCCCACAAUAACCUCGGUAUGGUUUAUCUACAACUUGGCCAUCAUGAAAAGUCAAUUGAGUGUCAAGAGAAAGCGCUUGAAAUCAGCAGGGAAAUUAAAGACAAACAAGGAGAAGGAACGUCAUACAGCAACCUUGGCACUGUGUAUAAUGCUAAAGGGGAAUAUGAGAAGUCGCUUGGGUACGAAAAGAAAGCACUCGCAAUCUAUAAAAAGGGUGGCGAUAAAGUGCGAGAAGGAACUUCUUACAACAACCUUGGCAUAUUAUAUUACAUUUUUGGUCAACAUCAGAACUCCGUUGACUGCUUCGAAAGGGCUCUCAACAUCAAGAAAGAAUUCGGAGACAAAGCAGGGCAGGAAUCUUGUCACAGCAGCCUGAACCUUUUGUAUAGUACUGCCGGCGAGCAUGAGAAGGCUAUUGAGAAUCAAGAAGAAGCCCUUCAAAUUUGCUCAGCAGUCGGCAAUAGAGAAGGAGAGUUACGAUCUCACGAUGCUCUUGGUACAGCAAAUUAUUUUUUUGACCAUUUAGAAAAAUCAAUCCAACACCAAGAGAAAGUGCUUGAAUUCAGUAAGGAAGUUGGAGAUAGGAAAAGAGAAGGAACAUCUUACAGUAAUUUAGGCACAAUCUAUCAUGCUCAGCAACAAUUUGUGAAAUCGGUUGAGCAUCAAGAGAAAGCUCUCAACAUCUUUAAGGCGAUUGGAGACAAACAUGGAGAAGCAGCAUCAUGCAGCAACCUUGGCAUUACUUGUUGCGCCCUUGGUCAGUAUGAGAAGUCCCUGUCGUAUCAUGAAAAAGCGUUGGGGGUCUGUAAAGAAAUUUGUGACACAGGAGGAGAGUUGAGAUCUUACAAAGGUCUUGGCAGUGCUUAUCGUCUUCAGGGCCAACUGGAGAAGUCUAUCUUGUGUUACACAAAAAUUCUGGAGGUCAGCAAAGAAAUUGGAGACAAGCAAGAAGAAGUAGCAUCCUACCAGAAUCUAUACACCUUAUGCAAUGCACUUGGAAAACGCGAGGAAGCUGCCAUUUACCUGGAGAAAGCGCAGGAGAUCAAGAACGACUCUGGAGAGAGACAACAGGAAGAUCAAUAUGACGAACGACCUGCUCAAUGUGUGUACUACGUUUGCGAUCUUUGCAAAAAAUCUGUUGAGCCUGGAAACUGUUCUAUUGGAAUCAUCGAUGCAGUCAGAGGAAGAGAUCCUAUUCCGAGGGAAUCUGGCGUGCAAAUUGAGAUGUCGAUCAAAUAUCACGAGAGAGAAAUGGAAAUCAGUAGAGUAACGGGUGACAAAUGGGGAGAGGGAAGAUCCUACCGCGCUCUUGGAUACGAUUACAUCACUCUUGGCCACUAUAAGACAUCUAUUGAAUAUUUCGAGAAAGCACUUGACAUAGGCGACGUAAUUGGCAGCAAGAAAGCUAAGGCACACUCAUACAGUGGCCUUGGUAAUGUGUAUCUUGCUCUUGGCCAGUACGAUAAAGCUCUAAAGUACCAGGAGGAAUCAUUCAAAAUUGAUGAGGAGAUCGAAGACGAGAAGGGAGAAGGAGCAUCCUUCACGAACCUGGCAGGCAUAUACCGUGCCUCCGGCCAAUAUGAAAAAGCAAUUGAAUAUCAAAACCAGGCACUCGAAACCUGCAUUGAAAUACAAGACAGGGAAGGGGAGGCUACAUCAUAUAACAACCUCGGUAGCAUAUACAAUGCUCUUGGCCAAUAUAAUGACUCAAUACAUUUUCAGGAGAAAGCUCUUAAAAUCAGAAAAGAAGUAGGCGACAGAGAAGGAGAAGGAAUUUCUUAUGUCAACCUUGGCAAUGUUCAAUAUGCUCUUGGCCAACAUGAGAAGGCUAUCAACUACCUGGAAAGAGGACUUGAAAUCUUCAAGGAAACUGGAUCCAAGGGAAAAGAACACCUUGUUUUAUACGGCUUAGCCAUGAGCCAUUUUCACGAGAAAAGUUUCUCAAAAGCUUCCGACUAUUUCUUUGGGAGCAUUAAAGGUCACGAAAGUGUAAGAAAGUCUCUUAAAGAUGAAGACAAGCUCUCAUUAGAUGAUCAAAGCAUUUCAUUUUACAAGGGACUUACCUUGAUGUUGAUUUCUCUUGGAAAGGUAGAUGAUGCCCUCUGUACAGCCGAACGAGGACGAGCUCGUGCACUUGUAGACCUGAUAUUCUCUAAUUUCGGAAUCCAGGAGAUCAACAAAACAAAUGAAUUUACUUUGAGCUCGUUAGCAAGCCUCUUAGAAAAACAGCGAAGUGAUUUUCUUUUCAUUGGCGUCAUAACGAAGCAAAUCUAUCUCUGGUUCAUGGAAAAGGGUGGCAAAAUAAACUUCAAGAUUGGAACAGAGCUGUCAGCAAUUGAGAAAGAAGGAACGUCUUUGCAAGAUUUGGUAACGAGCACUUUGAGAUCCUUGCCAAAAGACGACAGAGAAGAAUACGAAGACAGAUCACUAUCAGAAAUCUAUGAAGACGAAUCGUCAAUAGCAGGGGAGCAAAGUGAAGAAACCAGUCAGCACCAUUUCCGGGGUAACGAAGAAGAAGAAAGAGAGGCCAAUCUAAAGAAAUUAUACCAAAUGAUAAUUGCGCCUGUUGCUGGUCUCAUCCAAGGUCCAGAGAUUGUCAUAAUCCCAGAAGGAGGAUUGUUCUUGGUCCCAUUUGCAGCGUUGCAAGAUUCCAGUGGAAAGCACUUGUCCCAAACCUGUCGAAUUCGCCUCAUUCCCUCUCUGACAUCGCUUCAGGUCAUUCAAAGUUUCCCACAAAAUUACCAUUCUCAAACUGGGGCACUGAUUGUGGGAGAUCCGACAGUUGGCCUUGUAGAGUUUGAUGGAAAAGUCGGAGUUUUGAAACCUCUACUAAAUGCCAGAACUGAAGCAGAUAUGGUAUGCCGGUAUGUUAGGCCACCAUACUUUAAGCUCAUUGGAGAGCAAGCGACCAAGGGUGAGGUGUUAAAAAGAAUCCAGGAGGUAGGGUUGGUGCAUAUUGCAGCCCACGGUGAUGCAGAGAGAGGAGAAAUUGCCCUGGCGCCAAACGUACGUGCCACGGAAGUUGUAAAAAAGGAAGAUUUUAUGCUGACAAUGGAGGACAUAGCAAACGUCGGCAUAAGGGCCAAGCUGGUAGUACUCAGCUGCUGCAAUAGUGGUCAUGGUAAAGUCAUGACAGCCGAGGGAGUUGUCGGAAUAGCUCGGGCGUUUCUUGGAUCUGGUGCUCGCUCCGUUCUGAUGUCAUUAUGGCCUGUUAACGAUGCAGCUACCAAAGUCUUCAUGAACGUGUUCUACAGGAGUUUAAUGCGCGAACAAAAGAGUGCAAGUGAGGCUCUUCACCUGUCUGUCAAGAAGUUAAGAGAGUCAGCAAUUUACAAGCAUUUCAGGCACUGGGCUGCUUUUGAACUUCUUGGAGAUGAUGUCACAUUUGAUUGA